AUGGAUGUUGACCAAGAAUGUGUUGAUACGCCGAAUCACGCGUCGACAAUUGAUUCAAGUGCUUUUCCCCCGAUAACUGAGCUCAAGCCUCGCAAUCGGUUCUUGUACGUCGCACUGCCCAUCAUCCAAGAGAUACACAGAUGGAGUCCUCUGCGAAACGAAUCCGGAAAUGCUAUCCAUCCCGUCGAGGUACUCGAAGAGACACGCAAUCACGUCUUUGUGCGGUUCGACGACGGCAGUAUUCGUCGACAACUCAAAGUGCCGUUUACAGCUAGAUUCGGUACCUUUGUCGACGCAAUGCGAGAAAAGAAGAAAGGGAGUAGACUUUCCCCGUUUGAUAUCUCGUUGGUAUCUCCUGACCUGCGCACCGGCACUGGUUUGCGGUCCCAAAAAUUCCCCUCGCAAGACAGCAACUCAGAGGAAGCUACUAGUGCACUAGAUAUGGAUUCAAAUGAUUCUGUCGAUGGAAACCAAUCGGAAGCAUCCGCUCAGUCAAGCUCUGAAGGCUAUGAUGAGGACGAGGACGAUCAGGUUUUGGGCGUUAGAAGAAGCGCCAGAGUAAAUAUGUCGCAGAAAUCUCGACCCCGGUUUCCAAGUCCCCGCAAAAUGCGCUCAAAGGACACCAGACAUCUCAUGCAAUCUCGAAGACCUCCCGUGACGUCUGAUAGUGACGAUAUGGAUGAAGAUCGUGCCGAACGCUCCGAUGACUCUGCUGUCGAGGUCGUCAAAGCCUCGAGAACGAAGCGGAAUGUCGCUCUUCCAACGACUAUGCAUCCCGCGCCAUUGCAUUCUCCCAAGAAGAAACGGGUCCCUAGGCAACAUCGUCCAAUCAAUCAGGCAUGCGGAGUUGUUACCCAAGCCACUACCGUUGAGGAGGACGAUCCACUGCAGCGGCAUCGCACGGCUUGCGUUACUUGCGGGAAUCCUCCGGCACACCUUCGGUUUGAAAUGAUCAAAGCGAAAGGAGAAGCUGCUGUUGCUCAGAAUAUGGAUGCUCUCGAGCGAACCGGCGGAUGGCUUCAGUGCGUGCACUGCACUGAAGCAUCACAUUGGAAAUGCCUGUCUGUAACGGAGCGAAGCGAGAUCCUCAGAGCCGCCAGGGCACGAGAGUUGUCAUUAGACAAGAAUCAAGCAGAAAGGCAGACGAUCAGAUUUGAUGAAACGGUAACGUAUGUCUGUAGUGCCUGCUCGCAGGGCGGUAUCUGCUUCGAAUGCCACAAGGAACUCAAGCCGGGCAACACUGUUGAACAAUCCGAGUCCAUACCAACAGAAAUUCUCUUUAGAUGUACCUGGUGUCGCAGAGCGGCUCACUAUGCGCACCUCCAAAGCCCAUGGUCCGAGUACUCGUGGCGAUGUGGCAACUGCGCAAUCUACAGCUCAACCCCCGACAAGAUCCUGGCCUGGCGUCCGUAUCCAAAGAAUGCGCCACUCUUGACUCCUAAAGAGGAGGCAAGUAAGCCUUAUAAAGAACCUUGGCCAAGAGAGUAUCUCGUCAAAUGGGUCGGGAAAAGCUACCGUCGAACGACGUGGGUGCCUCACUUGUGGCUGGCGUCCACUUCAUAUGGUAAACUGCGCCACUUUAUCCUGCAUGGUAGCAAAGUGAAGCUGGAACAUCUUUACAAUGCAAAUACUGGCGAAAUUCACCGCAGAGUAUAUGAAGAAGAAGACGGACCACCCCUCCCGAAUCCGCGUGCCGGGGAGUGCAUUCCCGAGGCCUGGAAACAAGUGGAACAGGUAUUGGAUGUCGUAUUCCUCACCCCCCAUAAACGGUCAAGGCGCGAAAAAUCCAAGAAGAGCAUUAGAAUGCAAGUCGUUGGAGAUAGUGAUGAGUCAGCGGGAGAUGGAGAGGACGAGGCAUCUAUCAGAGCCAAGUUGGAGAUCCUCCGUGAGAGGUCUAGAAAGCAAGGCACCCAGUUGCUCGGUCCAGAUGUCACUGAGUCCCCUCUUGCACGAAGAAAGCGCCGAAAUGGCCUCAACCUGACUAUGGAAGAUAUUGACGACGUCGUAUGGUGCUAUGUCAAGUGGGGAGAUCUGGAAUAUCAAGAGGCCACCUGGGAUACGCCUCCUAAGCGCGGUGAAGCAGGGUGGAAAGAAUUCAAAGAUGCCUUUGAGCGAUAUGUUCACUCGCAAUCCGUCUUUGUCGCUAAAGUCUCGCACGCCGAGUUGGUUAAGCGAGAUAGUCGCAAUGCGAAAGAAUUCGCCAAUAACAAGAUGGAAAUCAAGGACUCUUUUGUCGCCGAGCAAGGGAAGCAUCUGCGGCAAUUCCAGAUUGAUGGGGUCAAUUGGCUGCUAUACGCAUGGUGGAGAUUACAGCCUGCAAUUUUGGCGGAUGAGAUGGGCCUCGGAAAGACGGUGCAGAUCAUCACUUUCCUUGCCAAAUUGGUGGAGAAGAAGAUCUGGCCACAUUUGGUGGUCGUCCCUAAUUCCACUAUCCUCAAUUGGAUGCGCGAGUUUCAGACUUGGGCUCCGCAAUUACGUGCAGUAGCCUAUUACGGUGAGGCGGCAUCACGAGACGUUACGAGGGAAUACGAAAUAUUCCACUCGUCGGCAGCAAGCGGUCAGACGAAACUCAAGCUGCACGUGUUGGUCACGACAUACGAAACCUUCUUGAACAAGGUUGAAUGGGCCACCGUGUUCAAAGCCCCUUCUCGAUGGGAAGUUCUUGUUGUUGACGAAGGUCAACGACUUAAGAAUAACAAGAGCUUGUUAUUUCAGAAGCUCAAUCAGAUCUUUGUUGGUCAUCGGGUCCUAAUGACAGGGACGCCACUCAAUAAUAAUCUCCGAGAGCUGUUCAAUCUCAUGAAUUUCAUUGACCCCGAGAAAUGGAGAGACGUCGAAGACCUAGAACGCGAGUAUCAAAGUGAACAACUAACAAGUGGCAUGGUCUCAGAGUUGCGGGAAAAGCUAAAGAUGUAUUUCCUGCGGCGAACAAAGGAUAUACUCAACCUACCUUCGAAGCACGAAGUGAUUGUUCCUGUCUCCCUUUCGAAGUUGCAGAAGAGUAUCUACAAGUCACUCAUUGAGUCCAAUUUGACUGUUCUCAGUAACCUUGUCAAUGCUGGGGCCUCAUUCAAGCCAAAGGGCAAAGCCACUCAAGCUAGCCUGCGUAAUAUCCUAAUGGAAACGCGCAAGCUCGUCCAACAUCCGUAUCUGGUGGAACCAGAUCUCGAGAGAGAGACAAAAACGACGGAAGAAAUGAAUCGACAGCUCAUCGACGCAAGUGGCAAACUCAAAUUCUUGGAAGUUAUGCUUGAGAGACUGAAGGCGAAGGGCAAACGGGUACUACUUUUCUCUCAGUUCGUUGUGCGUAUAUUUCUAUGUCUGUACGCCACGUGGUUGACAAGAGGCAAGAUUGCACUUGACAUUAUCGAAGACUUUAUCGUCGCUAAAGGGUAUCCAUUUUUGCGCUUGGACGGUGACCUCAAAGGAGCCCUACGUCAGAAGGACAUUGAUCGGUUUAACGCACCUGAUUCUGAAUACUUUAUAUAUCUGUUAUCUACUCGUGCAGGUGGCGUUGGCGUCAACCUCGCGACUGCAGACACUGUGAUCAUAUUCGAUCCAGAUUUUAAUCCAUUCUCAGAUGCUCAAGCAAUUGCUCGCGCCCAUCGCUUUGGCCAGAAGAAACCGGUUAUAGUGUUCCGCCUUAUGGCGACCACCGGCCCGGAAAAGAAAAUCAUGAACGAUGGCAAGAAAAAGCUCGUGCUUGACCAUGUCAUCGUCCAGACGAUGGAGGAUGGGGAAGAAGCCGAGGAUCUGGAAUCUAUGCUGCUCUCUGGGGCCAAAGGCCUUUUCACCGAGGGAGAGGACAAUGAUAUUAUUUAUACAGAGGCUUCUGUUGACAACUUGAUCGAGAAUGCUGAGGAGGCUGCAAAGCCCAGAGCGCCGACUACCGAAUCUAUUGGAACGAUAUUCGAGUUUGCACAGGUUUGGGAAAGUGCAAACACGGAAGAGGGUGACGAAAACCUUGACACGGAUUUCUGGUCUACCAUGAUCGCCAAGGUGCAAGAGGAAAAAGAAACGGCGGCAGCUCAAGAAGUAGUCGCGAGCGGCCGUGGGGGAAAACGGGCUGCAAAGGCUGCAGUGCAAAAGUACCAUAUCCUUUUGGAAGAGUCACCUGAAAAGGCCAAGAAGGCUGGGAAGGGUAAGAAAUCGCACGAGUCCGACGUGGAAUAUCAAGAGCCCGGCAACGGAAGCAAUCGUGAAGAUGCCAUCAGCGACGACGAUUUUGGGGCUUUUUCCAAUCCCAUCGAGAUCACUCAAGAGGUAUCUAGCCUACAAGCAAACACAUCGGAAGAAAUGAGGGUCAAAGUCUUGAAGCGGGAGCAGAGAGAGCGUCGAAAGGCCGCCAAGCUCGAAGGCCGCCGCUUUGCUGCUCAACUAGGAAAAUCGACACCCGAAUUGCCCUCAAUGAACCCUUCACCGGUUAUUGCCAAUGCUCAUCCAGCGCCAGCCUAUCGUCCGCCUUUCUCCAGCCAACCUCGACCUAUCCAACCGGCUCCAUCGUAUUCUUUCUCCAUAUUAGACCUCAGAGAACCAGCUUGUAAUAUGGCAGCUGUGGCGGCGAUUGAUGCAGAUAUUGCCGAACGAGAAGAAAGGCUUGCUCGCGCGCGACGCACAGAGGUCUCAAAUCUUCCUAAGGUUUCUACACUCUCCCGGUCAGCGAACAAUGUUUCUAUGACCUAUAGCUCCUCUGCAAGCGCCAAGUUGGCAAGAGGGCCGCCAAAGAUGGCAAUCAAACCUUCAUAUACGCAAACUACUCAUCCAAUUGCUUCAUUCUCUGGUAAUCGCUAUCCGAUUCCGUCUAGCAGCAAGUCAUCUGGAUCGCAGAAGAGGCCUGCUGAGGGCUCGACGAACAUUGCCCCUCCUGCAAAGAGGUUUAAUAGCGGGGCGGCUCCAGCUGCAUGCAUUAUGUGUGGGAUGUCUUAUCACGUUCCCGCUCAAUGCCGGGUGAUGGACUUGGACCUUGAUGCGAUGGGAAAUCUUAUCAGCCAGCUAGAACGAAGGAGCGACCAACAAUCUCUUGUUGCCGUCGAAGCAUUGCGCUAUCGUUAUCUUGCAAGAGUUCAAGCGUCUUUGAAUCUAUGA